AUGGGUCAGAAACGUCAAAGAGAGUCCAAAGGACUGAAUGACCAGUCUAACAAGAAGAAGAAGGCUGGUAAACCCGACAAUGCGACACAGAAUGACAACGGCUGGGAUGGGUUCAUUGGGGUCGAUGACCUCGAGUGGAACGAAGUGCCUCUCCCCGAUCGAAUUGAAGACGCGGAGGGAUUUUUCGGGUUAGAAGAAAUCGACGGUGUUGAUAUCGUGAAAACACCAGGCAACGGAGAGAUUCGAUUCAAGGCUGUUUCUGGGAAGCAGAAAGAUAAUUACCUGAAAAAGAAAGCUUCCAAGGCCAAAGAGCCAGCUUUCGACGACGAAUGGUCCGGGUUUAGCGACAAUGAGCCGGAGAAAGCGGAUGCUCCCCCAGCAGACGAAGCGAACGAAGCGAACGAAGAAGAACCAAACGAGAAGGCUGAUGUAAAGGAGGAAAAGGAGAGCAAGGCUGCGAAGAAGCAGGCCAAGAAGGAGGCGGCAAAAGAAAAGAGAAAGGAGGCACAGAAAGCAAAGAAAGAGCAAAAGGCCCAAGAUUCCAAGGGGCAGAAUGGUCAAAGUAUCAAGCCAGGAUUGAACUUUGAAGCCCUUCAAGACGAGGAAGAGGAUGAUGGCGCCGAUGUAUCUGCCUGGGACUCAUUGGGUCUUUCACCGGAGAUUCUCACCAGUCUUUCGAAGAUGAAGUUUAGCACACCGACCGCAGUUCAAAACACUUGCAUUCCUCAUAUUUUGAACGGCCACGACGUCGUUGGAAAGGCAUCUACUGGUUCCGGUAAAACACUAGCAUUCGGCAUCCCUAUUCUCGAACACUACCUGGAGCAAAGACGAAAGAACCCCGAGGAGCAGACCGAUAAGAAGGAAUCGACUCCGAUUGCACUGGUGCUAUCUCCCACCAGAGAAUUGGCGCACCAGCUGGCGGACCACAUUGGUGCUCUUACGAAUAAUGCCCCCGGCACGGAUGCGCGAAUUGCACUUUUGACUGGCGGUCUUUCGGUUCACAAGCAACAGAGACAAUUGAUUGGGGCUGAUAUUGUCAUCGGAACACCAGGUAGAGUGUGGGAGACUCUCAGCACAGGACAGGGAUUGAUGGCAAGGAUGCAAAAAAUCAAGUUCCUCGUUGUGGAUGAGGCCGAUAGACUCCUUAGUGAAGGUCACUUCAAGGAAGUCGAGGAUAUCCUGAGCUCCCUGGACCGAGUCGAAGAAGACGAUGAUGCAGAGGAAGAAGAAAAGGAAGAGCCCUCUGACAAGGUGGAGAGACAGACACUUGUCUUCUCGGCUACCUUCCACCGCGAUUUGCAGGUGAAGUUGGCAGGUAAAGGGCGCUGGACUGGAGGUGACGUGAUGGACCAGAAAGAGUCCAUGGAGUAUCUCCUUCAGAAGCUCAAUUUCAGAGAAGAGAAACCCAAAUUCAUCGACAUGAACCCGAUUUCACAGAUGGCUGAGGGUCUUAAGGAGGGUCUAGUUGAGUGUCCUGCAAUGGAAAAGGACCUCUACCUCUACGCACUCCUUCUCUACAACCCCAAGCACCGGACACUAAUCUUCACCAACUCCAUCUCCGCCGUCCGUCGACUCACCCAAUUCCUCCAGAAUCUGAAGCUCCCUGCCCUUGCCCUCCACUCGUCCAUGAUCCAGAAGGCUCGACUCCGCUCCGUUGAGCGAUUCUCCUCCCCAACCGCCGACCCUAGCUCCAUCCUAGUUGCAACUGAUGUUGCCGCACGUGGUCUCGAUAUCAAGGGCAUCGACUUCGUUGUGCAUUACCACGCUCCUCGCACGGCAGACACCUACGUGCACCGAUCCGGUCGUACCGCACGUGCUGGUGCAUCCGGAAAGAGUGUCAUUAUCUGUGCCCCCGAGGAAAUGGUCGGUGUUGUCCGUCUCGCUGCCAAGGUGCACGCCAGCUCCAAGGAUACCUCGACAAAACGCUUGCCGCUCGAGUCCCUUGAGCUAGACCGUCGGGUUAUCUCUCGCAUCAAGCCCCGUGUGACACUCGCCUCUCGCAUUGUGGAUUCCAACAUCGCCAAGGAGAAGGUCUCCGCCGAAGAAAACUGGCUGAAGGCCGCAGCUGAAGAUCUCGGUGUUGACUAUGACAGCGAGGAAUUCGAUGCCGCUCAGGGUAUGGGCCGUGGACGCGGCCGUGGUCGUCACGAGCGAGAGAAGAAGCAGGGCAGUAUCACCAAGGGUGAGUUGGCUGCCAUGCGAGCCGAGCUGAGGGAACUGCUUUCCCAGCGUGUGAAUGUUGGUGUUAGUGAGCGGUAUCUGACUUCCGGGAGAGUGGAUAUCGAAGCACUGCUGCGGGGAGAGGGUAACAAUUCGUUCCUGGGACAAGUUGAUCCGUUGGAGUUUUGA